AACUGUGUCGAUUUUCUACUCUUGCUGGGCAGAGACUGUUGCUCGUUUUUUAGGGUGAUGUCGAAACUCUGGAGACACACCAGAGUGAGAGCCGAGGGAAAAAUAAUCGUAGCUCUGGAAGAUCAGGCCACGAAGAAAAACUGCGUCAACUGUAUUAUUAACACGGCUCUUGCUGAAAUGAUUCUAAGCGUGGUGAUCACAAAAAAUGGAAAACCCUUGGAUAAAGUGGACUGUGGAGAAAAUCUUCAAGGCAGAAGAAUAGAGGUGGCAGCGAUUCGUUACCCGCCAUUCAUCACCUAUCCAGAGUGCGGCUUGUACAACUGCUCAUCGUCGGAUGUCAUCGUGGACGAGGAGCUAAUUGGCAAGCUGGACGGCACCGAGUUCCGCAUUUUGCAGCACUUGAGCGUAAAGUUCGGCUUCGGCACGCGGCUGCUUCUUCGACAACAAUCGGAGUUGUGGGGAAUGGUGUACGAUAACGACACGGCGUCCGGGGUGAUUGGCAUGAUAAAAAACGGCACCGUGCACGUCGGAAUCGGCGGCUUUAAUUGGGACCUCCGCUUUUUCGCGCACGUCGAUCAACUCGCGCCCUACAGACGCACGCUCGUCAAGUUCCUGUCGCCGAGACGCGACUCCUCGGCUAAUUGGCUCUCGCUCGUGCACCCCUUCAACCUUGACAUCUGGCUGUCGAUCGCCCUGGUGGUGCUCGCGGCCGCCACCUGCCUCUACCUUGCGCUACGCGUCGAAAUCGGUCCGAGCGCCGCCGACUUUGUCCUCACCUUGUUGGUCUCCCUCAGCGUUCUGGCCCAACAGGGCGACAUUCCAAGAUACUGGAUGCGUGGAGUGAGGAGGCCAAUUUUAGUUGGAUUUCAACUGUGCAUGAUUUUACUGGGCGCCUGCUAUUGCGCUUUCUUGGUUGCAGUUCUCACUUCAGAACAAACUGCUGAACAAAUUGACACCGUUGAAGAAUUGGUUGAUUCCAAUUUGCGCUUGACUGACGUAGAUGAUUUGUGGCCCGGCCAGCUGCAAUUAUCCAAGGAUCCAAAUAUUAUAAAGAUAAUGAGUCGUUUUGAAAUGUCUGAAAGCUGGGAGAAUCUGAUGAACAGACUCAAUUCAAAAAGGUUUUCCUACACAAUUGAAUGCCUUGACAACGGUUUUUUGUGCCUCCAAGAUGAUAUGCCUGAAGAACUACUUGAACGUCUACAUCUCUCAAAGGACUUUGUUCUCACUUCUGAAAUCGCGAUGGUUUGGGCCAAAGGCUUUCCUUUGAAAAAUGCGUUCGACCGAGAGAUUUCGCAUUUGAUCGAAAGCGGGAUUCUGCAUCUUUGGGAAGAGCAAGUGAUCGCUUCGUUGUCUGAAAGGGACCAACACUUGGGAAUUUUGAUGCGAAGGAGAGACGGAGGCGCCUCUGUUCAAAUCGCGCUUGGAUUGUCGCAUAUGGGAGGACCAUUCAUGCUACUAAUUUUUGGUUUAAAUCUGGCUUUAAUUUCUUUUUGCUUUGAACACUUUUAUUUUCGAAAAGCAGGCGUGGGAAAAUCCUAA